ACAGUGGGGUUGUAACAGAAGCAGAGCUUGACAUCAGUUGUUGAGCAGUUCAACACAUCCUUAACUGCACAUAAAGAAUCACAGCCAGGCAUCUUGAAAAUGCCAUCAAAUUUCCUCACGCCCUUCCUGGAGUUGGAUGAUGAAUUCUGCAAGAGUUUCCGCGGUAUUGAUCUGACAGAAGCCACGCAGAAGCAGCGUGUGGUGGGAUUCCAGCGCAGGCAUUCCCUGUGCCCCGUGACUCUUCCCAACUCUAAAUUCAACAGCAACGACACCAGCCCCUGGCCUCUUCCAGCCAUCAACCAGCACUGGAGCCACGAGAUGAAGCAGCAGCUGCCGCGUUCCUCCCUGAGCCAGAUCCCCUUCAGAGUAGACCGGUCCGUGAGCAUGAUCGAGGGCCAUGUGGCCUGCGAGAGCCCGACAGCCAGCCCUCUUCCGCCACCGCCUGGGUUUAGCAUCAGCAACAGCUCCUUGACUUGCCCGAAGGUACUCGGCACGACCUCCACGGCGCCGAUGUCCGCCCGCUACAAGACAGAGCUCUGCCGCACCUACGAGGAAAGCGGCACCUGCAAGUACGGACCCAAAUGCCAGUUCGCUCACGGGAUGGAGGAGCUGAGAGGCCUCAACAGACACCCGAAGUACAAGACCGAGCCGUGUCGCACCUUUCACACCAUCGGCUUCUGCCCCUACGGCGCUCGGUGUCACUUCAUACACAACGCAGACGAGCAGAACGGGCUUUCGGAGAACACAAAGAGCAUCCGAGCGCGACCGCAGCUCCGCCAGAGCAUCAGCUUCAGCGGCUUCUCCUCGCAACCACAAACCCUCAGCGGCUUCCGUGCCGUUCCGGAUGCCCUGGCCUUCUCCAGAUCUUCGUCAGUGUCCCCGCCGCCAUCCACCGGGAGUCCCGACCUCCUGUCCCCUCUGUUCCCCGAGCCAUGCUACACCUUCCAUCUGCCUUCUAGAAAGAAAGAAAAAUGCAUACUUGACAGCUCUUUUAAUUAUUCAAGCUGA